UUCCGGAGGAACCAGACGCAAGGGGAACCCCAGCGUAGAGCCAGAGCGGCUGAGAACUUGUCCCCCGACUGCAGCGCCUGCGCCAAGACUGUGGAUUCUCGUGGUGAUCUUCUGGAUGCCUUCAACAAUGGGAGGUUCCUUGUUUGGAGAACUUCUGUCCCAGUGUGGAAAUUAAGUGGCUAUACAGAAGGAGGUUCCCACCAAAACUGUCCCGGCACUGUCAACGGCGGCCAAUAAACAAGACGCAAUGGAGUACUCCAUCAAAUAUGACAAAUCGGAGUCGCUAAAACAGUACAUGAGCUCAGGGAAGACAAAAGAGGAACUAGAGGAAUGCUUCAUGAAUAAAGAGCAGACCAAAAGAGAGUCAGCUGAGAAGGAAAAGGAUCCUCUUGAGCAAAAGUUUAAAGAGCUGCUGCAAAUGUUAGAGGACCAAGAAAGAGCCUUCAAGGGAUUUAGAGUCAAAAUCACAGACGAGAUGAGAGAAAGAGACAACCUUCUGAGAAAGAUGAAUGAGAGGAUUCAGAUGCUGGAGAUCUUAAGAAAAAUGACAGAAGAACAAGAGGAACACUACAUGAAGAAAGAAGAGUGUGCCAAAAGAGAGGCAGCUGAGAGGGAAAAAGACCCUUCUGAGCAAAAGGUUAAAGAGCUGUGGCAAAAGUUGGAGGACCAAAGGAGACUCUUGGAGGGGUUAAGAGCCAAAAUGACAGAGGAGAUAAGAGAAAGAGAGAAGACCUCAGCAGCUGAAGAGUGGGCCAGAGGAGAGGCAGCUGAGAGGGAAAAGGAGCCUCUUAAACAAAAGGUUAAAGAAUUGCAGCCAAAGAUGGAGGACCAAGAAAGAGCCUUCAAGGGAUUUAGAGUCAAAAUGACAAAGGAGAUGAGAGAAAGAGACAACCUUCUGAGGAAGAUGAACGAAAGGAUUCAGAUGCUGGAGAGCAUAGGGAUGAUAAAGAAGGAGCUAGAGGGAUGCUGCAUGAAGACAGACGGGCUCCUUCGUGAUGCAGCAAAGACCUUAGCAGAAUGGACUGAAAGAGAGCCAUCAGAGGGGGAAAAGGAGCUUCUAAAGCAAAAGUAUAAAGAGAUGUGGCAGAAGUUGGAGGACCAAGAAAAUGGCUUCGAAGGAUUCAUAGGCAAAAUGACAGAGAAAAUAAGAAAAGGAGAAAAGACCUCGGCAGAAGAGCGUGCCAAGAGGGAGGCAGCUGAGAGGGCAAAUGAGCUUCUCGAGCAAAAGGUUAAAGAGCUGCAGGAAAAGUUGGAGGACCAAGAAAGAGUCUCUGAAGAAUUAAGAGUCAAAAUGACAGAGGAGAUAAGAGAAAGAGAAAAGACCUCAGCAGGUACAGAAGAUCUGGCCAAAAGAGAGGUCGCCAAGUGGGAAAAGGAGCUUCUCGAGCAAAAGGUUAAAGAAUUGCAGCAAAAGUUGGAGGACCAAGAAAGAGCCUUCGAGAGAUUUAGAGUCAAAAUCACAGAUGAGAUGAGAGAAAGAGACAACCUUUUGAGAGAGACGAAUGAGAGAAUUCAGACGCUGGAAUGCUUACUUAGGAUACCAGAAAAACCAGAGGAACACUACAUGAAGAAAGAAGCAGAAGAGCAGGCCAAAAGAGAGGCAGCUGAGAGGGAAAAGGAGCCUCUUGGACAAAAGGUUGAAAAAUUGCAGCAAAAGUUGGAGAACCAAGAAAGAAUCUUCGAGAUAGUAAGAGUCAAAAUGACAGAGGAGUUGAAUGAAAGGAAAAAGGCCUUAGCAGAAGAGCAGGCCAAAAGAGAGGCAGCUGAGAGGGAAAAAGAGUCUCUUGAACAAAAGGUUAAAGAGCUGCAGAAAAAUUUGGAAGACCAAAAAAGAGCCUUCGAGGGAUUAAGAGCCAAAAUGACAGAGAAGAUAAGAGAAAGUGAAAAGACCUCAGCAGAACAAGCCAAAAGAGAGGCAGCUGAGAGGGAAAAGGAGUCUCUUGAACAAAACGUUAAAGAGCUGCAGAAAAAUUUGGAAGACCAAGAAAGAGCCUUAGAGGGAUUAAGAGCCAAAAUGACAGAGGAGAUAAGAGAAAGUGAAAAGACCUCAGCAGAACAAGCCAAAAGAAAGGCCACUGAGAGGGGAAAGGAGCUUUCUGAGCAAAAGUUUAAUGAAUUGCAGCAAAAGUUUGAGGACCAAGGAAGAGCCUUUGAGGCAUUUAGAGUCAAAAUGACAGAGGAGAUGAAAGAAAGAGACAGUCUUCUGAGAAAGAUGAAUGAGAGGAUUCAGAUGCUGGAGGUCACAGGGAGCAAUGAUAAUGACAAGGGUUAUGAGCAAAAUACUGAAAACGACUGCACUUCAUAGACACAGGAAGACAGUGACAAAGAAAAUACUUCACGGCCUUUUGUUUUGGUCUCAGAUUUGGGAGAAGAUAAAACAUGUGUGGUCACUAA